UCGCGAAACUAGUCGGGCUACCCCGAUAAAUACGCGUGAGUAAACCGUUACAUCAUUUAAUAAUAAAAUAAACGUACUUUGUAUUAAACUAGUCGAUGAUUCACAAUGUUUUAUAAAACUAUUAUUAUUGAUUGUUAAUUUAUGUCCCUACUACCUGAAAGGCACAUCGAUAUAACACGAGAUUACACGCACUAAGUGCUUAUUAAAAGAUGUAAUUUAUGUAUUGAUUUUGUAUCUGUUUAGUUGUAUGGUAUUGCUACCUUAAAGUUUAUAUAAGUUUGAUAUGUUUAUCGUAUGUUUUUUUUUAACUGUUUAGAAUAUUAUUUUACCAGGGAUCGUUAAGUAAUUUUGUGAGUGUUUAGCAAAGAUUCGAUUGUUAAUGAUUGUGUGAGGAUGAGUAUUUGCUUAACAAGCAAUGGUUUGGGGAAGUGUUUCAUCAGAUAUUGUUUCAAGUAGGUACAUCAUAAGGUAAACAUUAUUACUGUCAGGUUUUUUUAUAUUUAAAAUCAACCCUGUUGUUCUAUAUCGCGCGAACGAUUUUCAACCUUAAGGUUCUUUUGGAAGUACAAAGUGAGAUUUUUCAACGCUGAUGAUUAAAUGUAACACAAACUUAACUAUCAACACCUUUACUUAUGUUAUGCAUUUCUUAAUCGUACUUAUUUGUAACAUUUGAAAAACGGCCUUAUAGUCAAAGGAAUAUAAUUCAAGAUUGUGUAAAUCUGGAUUUGAAUCAGAUUUUCUCCUCGGUAUGCUAUUGUUUCGUAUCUUAUAAGUUUUAUAUGACAGGUUGUCUCCUAGAGAUUUCUGUGUAGUACGUAUGUGACAUGUUAAAUCCUAAAUGGUUAAGCAGUAGUGUGUAAGUAGACAAUUUUGUAUAUAUUUACGUAGACGUGUAUUUUCGACACUCACUUUAAUAAUAUCAAGUACUGAUGUUACAUGUUAGUGAUUCUCAUGUAGAGCGCACCUUAAUACAAUAGAAAGAGAUAGAAAUAAUUGUUGUAUAUGUGCGUUCUCUUUUUGCCGCUUAUUCAAAAACCACUGUCUUCGAAUCUGGACGAAGUAAAACUGUUUUCAUUUCAAAUGAAACUCAAUAAUAGUUGAUAUAAAGUUUAAAAUUGCAAAAUGUUGUUGAGUUCCGUAUCAAUCAUUUGGAAUCUUUUUUUUUUGUUUAGAAAUAAGGAUAAUUUAAGAAGAUCACAAUGUUUUUAGCUCUGCGCUCUUUGGUCCACGACCAUGUGUCGCUUUGUUAGAGACAGUGUUUUUAUGUGUUGAAAUAAACAUUAGAAACGGAAGCUUACUGUGAAUAUACACUAGGUACAAAGAAUUAGCCAAAUUAAUAUAACCCAAAUAUACACAAUUGUAUAUAAAAGUAUUUCGUUUUAUUUAACCCUUUAAACUGCAAUUUAUUUGCCUAUAUUAACAAAAAGAGUCAAAUAAGUCCGUCGAAUACAUUUCUUGUGAAUAUUAGAUUUGUUUAUUUUUUUUACAAAUAAAUUUUUGCGAAGAUUUAGUGGACCAAAUAUGGUGAAAUGUGUGGAAGGGUUAGUAACGUACGUACGAGAAUAAGUACUGCAUGGUUUUGUGUUCAUGUUUCACUUAUGACAGCGAGUGUUCUAAUGCUGCCAUCAAAGCAGCUAAUCUCGUACAUCCCUACAGCAAAAAGCAUUUUACAGAAGUUCUGCAAAAAACCGGUCAAGGGCGAGUCAGGGCUCGUACAUCUCUAUGGAGUCCACAGAGUCGAUUGAAGAAAAAAAAUCUCAGAAUAGGCCGUAUUUGCCGGCCCUUGCUUAUCCUAGAUUUUUAUGACUAGGUUAUUAAAGCAGCUAUCACGGGAUAUGAGACAAACAGUAUACAAAACUACAAUCGACAGUUACAAAAUAGUUUCACAUGCAGAAUGAACCCUUAUUGCACGAAACUCAGGCACCGCGACUUCUUUAAGCACAAGCCAUAUCCUAGAAAAAACUAUUAUCUAUCAAAGUGACGCAGGCUAAUCUAGCACAAUUUUACAAUGAGGCUGUAUUUUUAUGUAGUUUAAUCCCCGAUGGAACAGAAUGUGGUGGAUUGUGAGCUCGCGGAGCGGGACCCGGGGCUGUGCGUGUGCAAGGGCGGGCCCACGCUGGAGAUACUCAAGGACAUACAGAGGCUGUACGAGGAGAGGCUGGAGCUCAUCGACAGGGCCGGCGGCUCCUGCAAGCUGAAGCUGCAGGUGGACGUGCUGCGGUCGUGGGUGGGCGACCUGGUGGGGCAGAACACGCUGCUGGCGCGCGCCGUGGAGGAGCUGGAGAACGAGGCCACCACCAAGCUCAUCAUAGAACGCCGGAGGAAUACUGAGAGGGGCCCAAAGCAAAUAUGUGGCAAAGUGAACGAGCUGAGGAUAAUGAACGAGUCUCUACAAAAGGAGAAUUUAGCUAAGGACAGGGAGAUAAGACAGUUGAACAAGGACGCGCAGACAUACGAGCAGACGAUAAUGAACCUGAGAAAGGAGAUGUCGCUUUGCAAGUUUCAUACGCCCGAGGUGUGUAAGAAGGACGCCGAGGUGAUGGCGGGGAUGUGUUGCACCGGGACCGAGUGCGGCGAACUGGUGCCCGUGAAGGACUUUACCGAGUUGUUGAAGGACGAGACUAUGAAGUACCAGGAGCGCAUCCAGAAGAUGGAGGCUAGUCUAAAGUCGAGCAGCGACAGCAUCCGCGCGCUGCGCAAGGUGAACGUGAGCCUGUCGGAGGAGAUGCACGCGAUGCGGCGCGUGUGCGCGGCGCUGGACGAGCAGUGCCACGCCGCCACGCUGCGCGCGCACUUCAAGGGGGACAUCAUCAAGGAGAUGUGUCGCCAGCUCAAGCAGGCCAAGGCCAAGCUGAAAGACUCGUCGGAGCUGGUCAGUCCGAAGUCGAAGGACUACGUGAGCGGCGACGCGGAGUGCCCUCACGGCUCGUCCGUGUCGUACGACUCGGUGACGAUCGCGUGCGUGCGCGCGCAGCCCCGCCGCAAGCGCCACGUGCCGCCGCGCGAGCCCGCGCUGCUGCCCGCGGACCUGCGCGCUCAGCCCGGCCUGCACGACGACUCGCUCAACCUUGAUUGAUGCUUUUCAUAUACUUUUAUGUUACUACAUGGUUUAGUUUUAGAUAUGCUUCUUAAUGUUAAAAUUCUUUCAUUUUGCUCUCCCAACCUAUAGAGUUGAACCACAUGGUCACAUGUCCUAUAGCUACACGUGAGCCAUAAAUAUCUAGUGAUAAUGAUCUUAAAGUAAUGAAAUGAGAAGUACCUACGCCACAAUAAUUUCAACUCUACAUAUGUUUAAAUUAAAUUCCUUAU